AUGCCUCAUUCCACGUCUCCAGCAUCCACUCCUCCCGUCCCAACGCCGACGAGCGAGGACGAAAUGGAGCAAAUGGAACAGGACGCGCCAGCCAACAAUGGCACCCAACCAGACGAGAGCAACACGGAGAUCACAAUGGCCGAGGUGAACGCCCUGCGCUUAGAGGAGGAGCCAAAAAAGGAGGUCAACCUGGACGACCUGUUCGCAGAUGUCGACUCAGACGACGAUGAAUUCUCAAGUACAAACAAGGCCACUCAGAGCCAGGUGCCGCCCACGAGCUCCCCUGCCCAGGAUUCUCCUGGCACGCCUGAUGACGGCGCCCCUAUCAAAGCCAGCGCAAGCGACCCCGAGGUCAUGCGCAGUUUCUACCAACGUCUCUUCCCGUGGCGAUAUCUGUUCCAGUGGCUGAACCACAGCCCUACGCCAACCAAUGAUUUUGCCCACAGAGAGUUUGCCUUCACAUUACAAAACGACGCGUACUUGCGAUACCAGUCCUUCCAGACGGCUGAUCUCAUCCGCAAAGACGUCCUGCGCCUACUCCCCUCGCGUUUUGAGAUCGGCCCUGUCUAUACUACCAACCCGCGUGACCGGAAACAGCUCAAGAACCUGUCCGCCUUCCGACCCCUGGCGAAAGAGCUCUGCUUUGAUAUCGAUCUGACAGACUACGACGACAUUCGGACAUGCUGCGACAAGGCCAACAUUUGCAUCAAGUGCUGGCAAUUCAUCACAAUGGCUAUACAAGUGGUCGACAAGGCGUUGCGUGACGAUUUCGGUUUCAAGCACAUCAUGUGGGUCUACUCGGGCCGGCGUGGUGCUCACGCCUGGGUCUGCGACAAGAAGGCGCGCACCAUGGAGGAUCAGAAGAGAAGAGCUGUCGCGGGUUACCUGGAGGUACUCAAAGGCGGUGCACAGAGUGGCAAGAAGGUCAACGUCAGGAGACCAUUGCACCCGCACUUGACACGGAGCCUGGAUAUUCUGGCGCCGCAUUUUGCAGAGGACGUACUAGAGAAGCAGGACCCCUGGGAUACGGACGAGCGGGCGGAGAAGCUCCUGCAAUUGCUGCCAGACAGGACUCUCAACGACUCCCUGCGAAAGAAGUGGGCGUCUGCGCCAGGGCGGUCUUCCACGUCCAAGUGGGCCGAUAUUGAUGCCAUCACCAAGGCCGGAGGCGCAGGCAAGAAUCUCGACACAAAAGACCUCCUGGCCGCGAAGCAGGACAUCGUGCUGGAGUACACAUAUCCCAGGCUCGAUAUCGAGGUCAGCAAGAAGCUGAACCACUUGCUCAAAUCUCCAUUCGUUGUGCAUCCUGGCACGGGGAGGGUUUGCGUGCCCAUUGACACGCGGCCGGGCAAGCUGGAGGAUUUCGACCCUACGGCUGUGCCAACGGUGCAGACUCUCCUGGGGGAAAUUGACGCGUGGGCAGAGGAAGAGGGCGCGGCAGGAGACGCCAAGACCAGCAUCCAAGACUGGGAGAAGACCAGCCUGAAGCCCUACAUCGAGCAGUUCAGGGCCUUUGUGGGGGCGUUGCUGAAGGAUGAGAGGGGGGAUGUGAAGGUGAAGAGGGAGCGGGAGGAACCCGACGCGAUGGAAUUCUGA